UCGCUCUCAAUCCUGCAGUGUGUCUGCGGAAUGAGUUGCACCGAUACUAUUCCGAAGUAAUAUUUCAUCGUGCAGUGCGCGUUUGUUAAGUGUGCGUAUUGCACGCUUCCUUGCCAACCUUCAGUAUACCGUCACUGCAUUUUGAACAAAUCUAAUUAAACUGGUAUCCGUAGCAAUGCACUCAACAUAGUAUAUGUAUUAAUAAGUGUGAUAUUUAAAGUGAUAUUUUAUUCAGAAAUUAAUUAUUUAUCGUAGGUGUGUUAUUAAUUAAAAUGAUUAAGUUUAUUUUAUUUGUUGCUGUUUUAAAUAAUAUUUGUUAUGGUGAGACGACAAAUUUUUCUGGUGGGCCGAAGUCAAACUAUACCUUUCCAAAAAAUUUCGUCUUUGGAGUUUCCACUGCUGCUAUCCAAAUAGAGGGUGCCUGGAAUGAAGAUGGCAAGACUGAAAGUAUAUGGGAUCAUUUAGUGCGGACAAAUCGAAGCUUCGUAAGAGAUAGAUCAACUCCUGCCGUCGCUGCUGAUUCGUACCAUUUAUACAAACGGGACGCAGAGAUGAUACAUGAACUGGGAGUUGACAUUUAUCGUUUUUCUAUUUCCUGGCCCAGGAUAUUACCAAACGGUCUAGCGAACGGUGUGAACAGCCUCGGCAUACAGUAUUAUCGUAAUCUUAUAAACGAACUCGAGAAGUAUAAAAUUACCCCAAUGGUAACGAUAUAUCAUUGGGAUCUCCCACAGCGACUUCAAGAUAUUGGAGGAUGGACAAACGCCCACAUUGUCGACUAUUACACGGACUACGCUAACGUUUUGUUUGAGAACUUUGCUGAUAAGGUUAAGUACUGGGUGACUUUCAAUGAGCCGAUGCAGACUUGUUUAGAAGGUUACGGUGGGACAUACAGGGCACCGGCGAUCAACAGACAUGGCAUUGCUGAGUAUCUUUGCACGCACAAUCUUUUGAAAGCUCAUGCCAACGUAUACCACUUAUUCAACAGACAAUACCGACCUGUGUACGGAGGCAAGAUUGGAAUGUCUCUAGACUCUAAUUGGGCUGAACCGAAAACGAAUUCUACGAGUGAUAUGAAAGCCGCUGAAUUGUAUUUGAGAACUCACGUGGGUUGGUACGCGCACCCAAUAUACUCGAGUGAAGGAAAUUAUCCUCCAGAAUUAAUUAAACUAGUAGACGAGAAGAGCCGUCAGCAGAACUAUUCUCGCUCCCGAUUACCCAAAUUUACUCCUGAAGAAGUCGAAUUUAUAAAGGGUACGGCGGAUUUCUUUGGACUUAACCAUUAUACUACGUAUCUCUUAAGCAUGGCGGAAGGCGAAGUGGGACAAAUCCCAUCUCAUGAAAAUGAUGUCGGUAUAGUUCGCGUUCAAGAUUCAAACUGGCCAUCAAUGUCUUCGUCAAGUUGGUUAAAGGUUGUGCCAUACGGCUUCCGCCGUCUCCUCGCUUGGAUAACUAAAACAUACAACAACAUCCCGAUUAUUGUCACUGAGAAUGGAUACGCUGACUACAGCGGUAUCAACGACAAGGCUCGCGUCACGUACUACUGUCAUUACUUGAAUGCUCUGUUACACGCAAUUCAUGAAGACAAGAGUAAUGUGCAAGGAUACUUCGCGUGGAGUCUCAUGGACAAUUGGGAGUGGGAUGAUGGUUUUGUGUCCCGCUUUGGUCUUUACUUGGUUGACUUCAAGAGCCCGAAUAAAACGAGGACGGCUAAGGAUUCGGCGCGACUAUACACAAGCGUUGUCUCAACGAGAGGGUUGCCAAAAGAUUAUGACCCCGAAGACUAUGUCGCCUUCUCUGGGGCGCCAACCCUCCUUAUUCCUACUGUCCUUCCACUCAUACCGCUCUACAGACUAAUCAUCUGAAGUAGAAUUCUGUAGAUAUUUUUACAUUUUACGUAUGUAAACUAUAAUAAAAUUAAGUAUUU